UACUGAACAAGCAGCGAUGGAGAAAAGCUAGGAAGGCUAUUUCGGUUCAUUUCACUGAUUCUCAGCAGGUGUCAAAACUCACAUAGCUCACUAUUAAAGUCUCUUCCUGGAUUCUGCACCAUCACUUGGCUCUAUGUUGUGGAGGAAGGGGACGUGCCCUGGCAGUGGCUUCCCCUCUAACCAGAGUGCUUGUGUAAUGGCAGCAGUUUGGCAGCAGGUUUUGGCAGUGGACGCAAGGUACAAUGCUUACCGCACGCCUACCUUCCCACAGUUCCGAACUCAGUACAUCCGCCGACGCAGCCAGCUGCUCAGAGAGAACGCCAAGUGUGGCUUUGAGCCGGGGCUGCGCAGGCAGUACCUGAGGCUGCGCAGUCAGCUGCUGGCCCUGCGCUACGGGCCCCUGUCCGAGCAGAGCAGCUUCAGGGCCAGCAGUGUGCGCAGCUCCCGCACCACACUGGACCGCAUGGAGGACUUCGAGGAGGACCCCCGCACCCAAGGGGCUCGUGGCCACCGCCGGUCUGUCAGCAGAGGCUCCUAUCAGCUACAGGCCCAGAUGAACAGAGCCGUCUAUGAUGAGAGGCCUCCGGGCAGUUUGGUGCCCACCUCAGUGGCAGAGGCCAGUCGUGCCAUGGCCGGGGACACAACUUUGAGUGAAAAUUAUGCUUUUGCUGGCAUGCAUCACAUAUUUGACCAACAUGUAGACUCUGCUGUUCCACGGUUGCAGUUUGCCAAUGAUGACAAGCACCUCCUCGCUUGCUGCUCACUGGAUGGCACCCUGUCUAUUAUGACGUUGUCCCCGCCUCCUGCCAGCGUGAAGGUGACGCUGAAAGGUCACGGAGGUCCUGUCACAGACUUUGCUUGGUCCCUCAGUAAUGACAUCAUUGUGUCGACAUCACUAGAUGGGACUCUGCGUAUCUGGAACACUGAAGAUGGUCGCUGCAUCCGAGAGGUCAGAGACCCCGAAUCCAGCGAGCUGCUCUGCUGCACCUUCCAGCCAAUGAAUAACAACCUUACUGUGGUGGGGAACAGCAAGCACCAUCUGCAGGUGGUGAACAUCUCCACUGGGAAGAAGGUGAAGGGGGGCUCCAGUAAGCUGACAGGCCGUGUGCUGUCUCUCUCCUUUGAUGCUCCGGGGAAGAUCCUUUGGGCUGGUGAUGACAGGGGGAGCAUCUUCUCAUUCCUCUUUGACAUGGCCACAGGGAAGCUGACCAAAGCCAAGCGUCUGGUGGUGAGUGAAGGCAGCUCCAUCUGCAGCAUAUCUGCUCGGUCCUGGAUUAGCCGAGAGGCCAGAGACCCCUCCCUGCUGGUUAACGCCUGUGUCAAUAAGCUUCUGCUGUACAGGGUGGUAGACAAUGAAGGCACACUGCAGCUGAAGAGGAGUUUCCCCAUCCAGCACGGUUCCCAGCUCGUUCAUAGCAUCUUCUGCCCCCUCAUGUCUUUCAGACAGGGGGCCUGUGUUGUGACUGGCAGCGAGGACGCCUGUGUCUACUUCUUCGACGUCGAACGCAACACCAAGGCGAUAGUGAACAAGUUACAAGGUCACGGGGGACCGGUGCUGGACGUCAGCUUCAACUGUGACGAGAGUUUACUGGCCUCCGCUGAUUCCACCGGCAUGGUCAUCAUCUGGAGGCGGGAGCAAAAGUGACUGGUCCACCAAUGAAUUGCUUCCAUCCGCUGCGUACAAAAGGCCUGCCGCUCCCUAACCGUCCAAUAACAAAAAAUCUGUAGAUUUUCACCGGGAUGUAACAGGCUGCAUUAAACGUUUAAUGUAAUGAUACUGAAGUGCAAUCAGAACACCAUGUUGUGUAGGUGGCUGGGAUUUCUUAGGAAUUCAAUGGGUAGGGGGGCGGGUUGAGUGCGUGUGAGUGAGUGCGUGUGAGUGAGUGUGUGUGAGUGAGUGUGUGUUUGUGUGUGUGUGUGUGUGUGUGUGUGAGUGAGAGUGUGUGUCAGUACUCCUACAGCUCCAGCUGAGGAAAUAGCUUUUCAAACACAAAAAGAAAGAGCACUACUCCCAUGCAUGUGUCAUGGCUUACCUACUUGUAGGGGUAUGACUGAAUUCAUGUGAAGAUGAUACGACUCAAUCCACCAGAGACACCAGUUCCAUCACUUUGUAUCACGCUGACAGUCCCUCUGGCAUAGAUCUAGUUCACUAUUUAUGUAACUGUUAUUCAAGCAGCGUAAUCAAGUGUAGUAAAACUGCCUUUUUUUCAGUUCUGUAAUUGCCUGUUUUUAAUUUGAGACCAUGUGCAUGACAUUAAACACAGAAUCGGUCAAUAGGCAUAUCAAACUGAUCGUUGCAAAAGAUAUACAAGUGUGUUUUUAAGUAUGUUUGUACUUAUUUGUAUGUGUGUGUAUUCAGUUCAUGCUGGUUGCUGAUUCAUAUAAUUUAUUUAACGCACAUGUACACAGAAUAAAAUUACUGUAACUGUCA